AUGAAUGAGCAUAAUUUACCAGAUAUUUCAAUGUCAGUUAAUGAUAAUUGUAUAAAUGUAAAAGAUUUCCAAACUAAAAUAAGUAGCGCAGUUACUGCAGCUUACGAAAAUGGUGAUAGUGAUAAUGAUAGGAAUGAUACUGAUGAUUUUACAGAGUUAAAGGAAACCAAAUUG